GUACUUGCCUCCCUGCAGAGCGCGGCGGCCACGACAGCUUUCCAUGAUACAGUCAACUUUCUCUCGCGACGGCCAACCCUCGUCAGAGCCCGCACAGUCACGACGGACUUUGGUGGCUACAGCGCGGCGGCUCCAGGCGGUGGUCGUCCGAUCCUAUGCCUCAUUCUGAUAACAGCAGCUCUUACGAACCCCGAGACACCGAUCGCAGCCGCAGCGACAGUGCUGAAGCUCGCAGACAGCAGCACUAUGAACGCCCUCUUCGCCGCUCUGGUCGCCUUCAUCGCGGUGAGCGCGACCGUGAUCGCGAACGGCUUCGACGAGUCCGCGAACGACGUCGAGAACCCGCACGGUCUGAUCAAGAUGGUCAACGUCACUCUGGGCGUUCUGGCACUCGCCGUCACGAACCUGGCGCAGGUACGAGCAGCGGAGCUGGUGACGCGGCUGCCAUCUUGGAUACUUUAUCUCAUGCCGAGCGCGAGCAGCUUGCUCGCGAUGCUAAAAUGGUACCGAUUUUUCCUGAUGCUGAAGUCCGCGACGCUCCUCAUGCUGACGACCCUGCCGUCCCUGCAACUCCUGUGGCAAGUCGUGAGGCCUCCGAUCCACUGCAGGCGCAGGGCCCGUGGCGAAAUGCACAUGCUGAUGAUGGUCUUGAGCGCCGCCUUCGCGAAGCGGCUCAGGUGGACAUCGAUGCUGUACGUGUUGCCGCAGCUGUUGCUGCAGCCAGUGCUGCAGCCAAUGCGGCUGCUUCUCAACUACAAUCCAUCGCAGGCGAGCUCCGCGCGUCGUCCCUUGCAGAGCAGGCACGGACGCAUCGGCGCCUGGAUAUUCAAGCUCGCGAAGUUCAAGAAUUCCGUCAACGGCAGGAUCGUGCUGCUGUUGACCGAGCUGCCGCAUGCACCGCAGGCACUUGCCCCAUGGCUGGCAGACGCGAAGCUGCUGGCCGAGCUGGUGGACCUCGUCGGUGGCGUCGCGGCAAGACGGUUCACCCUGCGCGUUUUGGGCAGCAAACCUGAGGCCAGCACCCGUGCCACCGUUCUGGUCAGGAACCUGCGCACUUCUGCUGGAUGGCGCACGUUCCAGGUCUCCUUGACUGAAGGGGCCAUGGUCGCCAUGCGCGCAUCGACUGACAAGAGCCCCAACAUGGUCCGCGGCGAGGUGCAAUCUAAGAGGAUGUCCAAGCUACUGGAGGAGACGCACCCUACACUCACGUGGCGGUGUCGGCGAGCUCGGUGCCACGUGCUGGUCAACAGCGCGCCCUGCUGCCAGCUCGAGCCUCAGGGGCAGGACGAGCCGACGCGUAUCAGGUGGAACAACAAUGCGAUUGCGCAGUUCAAUAUUGACACGGCGACGACCGAGGAAGCCUUCAACGCCGCCUUCUCGGCCGCGGAGGUUCAGUGGUCCGGGUAA